AUGAGUUUGGUGCCGUUCAUGUUACACGCGUUAUUCUUGUCCAUCUCAGCGCUGCUCCUCUACAACGUGGAGGUUUCCACUCGAAUCUUAUUCUCGUCAUCGCCGUUCAUGUAUUUGGUACUUGCCAAAUACAUGGAUCAUCGAACACCGAUGGUCACCCUGGACGAUCUGCAGUAUCCACCUCUGUUACCGUUCUUUACGAACUUCUCACGAACCCACUUCAUACAUUCACUUCUGCUAACCUAUUUGUUGGGAUACUUCUUCAUCGGAACGGUCUUACAUGUGAAUUGGUUACCGUUCACGUAG